AAGUGUAAGAGACGGAACCGCCUUGAAAGAGAGAAAGAAACAGAGAGCGUAGUGAAUUAAAAACAUUAGUGAAUAAUAAAUAAAAACUACAUAUUGAUACUGAUUACUUUUUUAAAUUAGAUCCCCUGUAUCCCGCUUCCGUCACCAUGAUUUUGCUCGAGAUCAACAACAGGAUUAUCGAGGAGACUUUGGCUCUGAAAUUCGAGAGUGCGUCCAACGGGAACAAGCCUGAUGCUGUAGAAGUCACUUUUGCUGAUUUCGAUGGUGUCCUCUACCACAUCUCCAACCCCAAUGGAGAAAAAUCAAAGGUGAUGGUCAGCAUUUCUCUGAAGUUCUACAAGGAGCUGCAAAACCAUGGAGCAGACGAGCUGCUGAAGAGAGUCUAUGGGAAUUUCAUGGUCUCUCCUGAAGCAGGGUACAACGUUUCUCUUCUGUAUGACCUGGACAAUAUCCCUGCAAAUAAAGAGGAAGUGAUCCACCAGGCUGGCAUUCUGAAACGCAAUUGUUUCGCCUCUGUGUUCGAGAAAUACUUCAAAUUCCAGGAAGAGGGCCGGGAGGGCGAGAAAAGGGCCGUCGUCCACUACAGAGAGGAUGAGACGAUGUAUCUUGAAGCGAAGAAAGACAGGGUGACUGUGGUUUUCAGCACAGUGUUCAAGGAUGAUGAUGAUGUAAUAAUAGGGAAGGUGUUCAUGCAGGAGUUUAAGGAGGGUAGGCGUGCCAGCCACACGGCUCCUCAGGUCCUGUUCAGUCACAGAGAGCCUCCCCUAGAGCUGAAGGACACUGACGCUGCUGUUGGAGACAACAUUGGGUACAUCACCUUCGUUCUGUUCCCUCGUCACACCAGUGCAAAUGCCAGAGACAAUACCAUCAACCUCAUCCACACCUUUAGGGACUACCUGCACUACCACAUAAAGUGCUCCAAGGCUUACAUUCACACUCGCAUGAGGUCCAAGACUUCAGACUUUCUGAAAGUGCUGAACAGAGCCCGUCCCGACGCAGAGAAAAAGGAAAUGAAGACCAUCACGGGGAAGACGUUUGCAUCUCGUUAAGAAGACGACGCUCAAACAGCUGGAUCUGCUGUGUCACCAAGCACAAGCUGUCUACCCUGAUCUGGUCCAGUACAAAAGCCUCCAAUUGGCCAGUAAAUUCAGUUGUGUACGAGAAGUUGUGGACAUUUGGAAAAAGAAGAAAAAAAAAGAAAAUAAAAAGCUGUUCUUGCUUUUGCAUAGUGAAAUUAAAAACCUUAAAUAAAACCUAUAUAGAUAAAUGACGUUUUUGAUAGAAUAUGUUUUAUUUCUUUGGACAUUUGAAAUUUUGCCUUGUAGCUUAUCUCUGCUGGUAAUUAAGUGUUUGCUAUAAGAAUGCAGUAUGACCCUUUCUCUUUCACAUCGCUGCUUCACACAAGUGAUGAAAUGUAUGUACCAUUGACAAAUCAAAAGGUGACAAAAAAAAAUAAACCUGUCUUAAUAAAA